AUGUCAAUGAAGGAACAGACACUUUGGAAGAAGGCAGGAGAUUUUUCAGAUAAAGUGAUAUUUUUUGUGGCCCUAAUGAUAGCUAUACAGACUCUACCUCAUACCUUAAAUAAGGUUUCUAUUGCUAAGUGUCCUGUUGGUAAGCCUCUUUUUAUUCUCCACAAGUAUUACCAGCCAGGAGAUUUCAUCAUUGCAGGCAUUUUCUCUCAGAUCUACAUUUUUUCAAGUCCAAUCAGCUUUCAGAAACCACCUUCUGAGGAAGGUUUUGAUGAUCUUGUUCAUUUCUUUGCAAGAUGGACCUAUCUUGCCUCAAUGGAAUUACUAUCUACAAAGGACAAAUUCAUCCCGAACUACAAAUGUGAUAUUCACAAUAACAUUUUGGGAGUCAUUGGGGGACCUAAUUCUCAAGUUUGUCUUCACAUGACAAAUAUCCUGAGUACUUACAAAGUACCACAGAUCAUUUACGGGUCAUCUCCAAUAAUAGAAGACAAAACAAAAGAAGAUUUCUUCCAUCAGAUGUUUCCAAAUGGGACCCAUCAAUAUAUGGGAAUCCUAGAAUUGCUGAUGCAUUUCAAGUGGACCUGGAUUGGUGUAGUAGCAUAUAAUGAUGGCAAUGGAGAAAUAUUUAAGCAGAAUAUACUUCCCAUUUAUUCUCAGCAUGGCAUUUGUGUGGACUUCUUAGAAACAAUGCCCAAAAUGUCCUUUUCAGGUGAUGUUGCUGAAGCAGCAGUGGAAUGGUUUUCAACUUCAUGUCUUGUCACAGGAAGUACUGCCAAUACUGUUAUUAUACAAGGUGAACUGCAUACUAUUAGUGUAUUAAGAUCAAUUUUCCACUUUGCACAGUUCUAUGAUAUAGCAGUUGAAAGCCGAGUGUGGAUCAUGACAGCCCAGAUGGAUUUUGCUUCUCCUGGUUUUCUAAAAGAAUGGGACAUACAUUGCCUCCAUGGAGCUCUGUCCUUUGCAAUUCACACAAAUUAUCCUAGAGGAUUCCAGAAGUUUCUGCAGAAAAGAAAUCCUGUUUCAGAAAAUAGGGAUGACUUUAUCAGAGUCUUGUGGAAAGAUGCAUUUAAUUGUGAUUUCUCAAAUUCCCCUCUAGAAGAGAAAGAUGAGGAGAUCUGCACUGGGGAGGAAAAGUUGGAGAAUCUACCUGUGACCCUCUUUGACACAAGCAUGUCUGGUCACAGUUAUAGCAUCUACAAUGCAGUAUACAUUAUGGCUCAUGCUUUGCAAGAAAUAACUUCAUCCAAGACAAAACAGAGAGCGAAGUUGAAAGAGAGAGCACAAGAUCGAUUAAAUCAGGAGCCAUGGCAGUUCCACAGGUUUAUAAGAAGUACUUUCUUUAAAAACAAUGCUGGUGAAAAUAUUUCCUUUGAUAACAAGGGACAUAUAAUUGCUGGAUUCGAUAUUUUCAACUGGGUCACAUAUUCAAAUAACACAUUCACAAAAAUCAAAGUUGGAUGGAUAGACCCAGACCCUUCCUCUUCUAAAUCACUCCGCAUUGAUGAUGAUUCUAUUAAAUGGCCCACAAGAUUUUAUCAGAAAAGACCACAUUCCAUGUGUAAUGACUAUUGUGCUUCAGGUUCAAGUAGGAGUGAAAUUGAAGGAAAGCCAUUUUGCUGCUAUAAGUGCAUACCAUGUCCAGAAGGGAAGAUGGCAAGUGAGAAAGAUAUGGAUGAUUGCAUAUUAUGCCCAGAAGGACAAUAUCCAAACAACAACCAUGAUUCAUGCCUUCCAAAGCGCAUAGUUUUUCUGUCAUAUGAAGACCCUUUAGGGACCAGUUUGGCCACUACUGCAAUUGUCUUUGCUUGCAUUGCCACUGCAGUGCUUGGGAUCUUCAUCAAAUACCAGGACACUCCCAUAGUCAAGGCCAACAACCGGAACAUCACCUACCUUCUUCUCAUCUCCCUUGUGCUCUCAUUCCUUUGCAGUUUAUUAUUCAUUGGAAAGCCAAAAAUGGUGACCUGCCUUUUGCGACAAACUGCUUUUGGGAUUGUCUUCUCAGUAGCCAUUUCGUGUAUAUUGGCCAAAACCAUCAUUGUGAUUUUAGCUUUCAUGGCUUCAGUGCCAGGAUCCAGGUUGAGGAGAUGGCUGGGCAAACGAUUAGAUAAUUACAUUGUUGUUUCCUGUUUCUUCAUUCAAGUUGUUAUUUGCAUUGUAUGGCUUGUAAUCUCACCCCCAUACUCAGAUGCUGAUAUGAACCUAGUGUCAGAUGAAAUCAUUCUGGGAUGUAACGAAGGCUCUACUGUCAUGUUUUACUGUGUCUUAUUCUACCUGCUUUUCCUUGCCAUUGUUGGCUUCAGUGUGGCUUUCCAAGCACGGCAUUUACCAGACAGUUUUAAUGAGACAAAGUUUAUCUCCUUUAGCCUGUUGUGUUUUUGCAGUGUCUGGUUGUCCUUUUUCCCAACCUAUCUGAGUACCAAGGGGAAAUACAUGGUGGCUGUGGAGAUCUUUUCUAUUCUCUCUUCCAGUGCAGGGUUACUGGGUUGCAUCUUUCUCCCCAAAUGCUUUGUUAUUCUACUAAGGCCGGAUCUGAAUGAUAAAAAGCAGUUAAUGAGAUAA